UGCUGUUGCCGCCUGGUUGAAGCAGCGUCGUCGUCGUUGUUGUCGUCCCAAGCUCCUCAGUGGCCGUAUUUGUUGCUGUGUCGUCCGUCUUAACGCCUCCGACGUCGUCCAACUAGUUUUGUAGUUGUACAGCUCAGAAAAGCACACUCAAAUACAUAUGUAUGUACACACAAGCACACACACACACACUCAGCCACCCUGAGCACCUCUUUGCAUGUGGCCUGGUCUGUUACAGCUGAGCAUUGAGCCAAAAGCACAUUUGACUCAAUUUUGUGGCCACAGCUGCGGCCCCCUACAGACAGCCGGGCAUUCAGUCAAGCAGCGGCCGCCGCAAGGAGCACAUCUGCCCCUAAUGGAGACGGAACGACGCCAGUAGUAGCAGCAGCCGACAGCCGAUAGUCACCAAAAACUCGCACACCGCCGUUUCGCCAUAGAAAUCGAAAUCUUGCUGAACUUUUAAAGGCCCGCAAUUUCCUUUCGAGGCAGCUAGCUAUCUUUAAAGCUUAAACCAACUUGAAAUCAGUGAGUCCGAUGCGACCACACAAAAAUAAAAUACAACAAAUCAACAACAACAACAACAUCAACCAAGUGCUGUGCUUUAAUUAAUACAAAUACAUAGAUUUUUUAUGCUUUCUUGCUGCAAUACACUCGGCGCGGCGGGCAGACAGAAAAAUUAGACGGGCGGCAAUUUCGUUUUUUAUAUUCUAUAGAAUGUAUUAAAAUUUAAAUGUUUAAUUAGGAUAACAAAUUUAGUUGUUGAUACUUUUUUCCAAUUAUUUGUUAACGAAGUCGGUGUGGGCGUAAUAGACACUACUACAACAGCAACAACAACAACAACAAGAACAAGAACAGCAAUAACAUAGCUCCAGUCAGAAAGUGUGCCGUACAAAACGCCGUAACGUAAAAUGAAAUCAACGUAGCAACAAUAAAGAACAAACACACACAAAAUAAAAACGAAAUCAAAUUCUUGUGAUUAAAGUGCAUUUCUAAUAAGUAUAUUUAACUACAUACACCCACACACACACACACACACACACACACGCACACACGCCUACUCACAUCAUCAUACACAAGAAAGGGCAACGAAAAGCGGCGACAACAAUCGCUGCAUAUUAUUCCAAUUGGAGCACCUAAGCGGAGGGAUAAGCCAACUGCUGGACCGGGAGGAGCACCGACCUGUGUAAGACCCUGCUGUCCCGCAUCUAUGAAGAUGGAAGUGCUCUCCGUACAAAAUCACAUACAGGGACAAUUCGGUGUUAUUGGUGGAACAAAAGUUAAAGACUGGACGAGUCCAUUAACCGCACCAGCCACGACGGGAGCACCAGCUGGAGGACAACCGACAACGCCAACGGAAGUGCGUGCUGGUGCCGGUGUUGGCAUUGACGUGGACGUGGAUGUGAAUGUGGACGUCAACUUGAAUGUGAAUGUGGACGUUGUGGAUGGGCAUCCAACAUCAGUGUUGCACAUGCGUCAGCAUCAAGCGCUCAACACGCGUUCCCUGGCGCCUGCCAUGCCCACCAAGCAGGCGACGCAGCCAAUGGUGACGGCCAACUUUGAUGCUGGCCCAGCCCAUGUGAAUGGCGGCUCGGGUGCGACAACCACUCCGUAUCCACACCAUCAACAUCCCCAUGCCUACAUGAGCAAUGUGCUGGCCAGCGCCCAGAUGUCGAUCCCCGGUCCUGAGCCGGUGUCCUCAAUUCCGUCGCUGCCCGCCUCGCCCCUGCAGUCGACGGCGGGAGCGCGUUUCGGUGCCGCAGACAAUCUGGACGAUGUAAGCGCCACUUCUGUGCUCAAGCUCUCCAACCUGCUGCAGUCGACGCUGCGCGCCGCCAAGAGUCGCCACUUGGCCUGCACCGAGGUGACUCUGCCGGCUGAUCUCACGCACCGCAUUGCCGCCGAAAUCAUACGCAUGUCCGAGCGGGAGCCGUGCGGUGAGCGCGCCAGCACAAUUUUCAUUGAGUUCGAGAGCGAGCCGAACAAUGCGCGACACAUUGCCUCGUUCAAGGUCGAUCCGGACACGGUGUCGAUAUUCGAGCUCUACUUAACACUCAAGCAGGACAAGAGCGGCUGGACCUCAUUGCUUCCACAGUUUCUCAAAAAUCUUACGCGCAGCAAUACCAUCAUGAUCAGUCCCGACUUCACGUUGACCAAAAACAAGCUCUACUCAUCGGAGUGAUUUGGGAGCGAUUUUAGGACGUAGACCGGACGCUUCGCCCCACACUUUGAGUGUGUUUAUGUCUGUGUGUGUGUGUGUGUGUGUGUGUGUGGGUGCUGCUUACUCAAACUACAUCCCUCCGACCAACAAUAAUAAUAACAACAACAACUACAAAUGCAGCAGCAACAACAUCCAUAUUUUGUGAGCGUCCCGGAUCCUGAACGUCCUGAAAUCAAUCCCGUUCGUUUCUUCGUACACACACACCUUUGAUCUUAAAAGAACAACCAAAACCCAUAAAGAGGCAAACUUUGGACCACAUUUCUACUCCUCCAGCAAUUAACAAAUCAACUCGAGAACUAAAUAAGAAAAGAUUACUUUGAAGGAAAGAGAACACGUAAGCUCUAAAACAAAUCAACUGCAGUUGCAGGCAACUCAAAACUCUUAUUGGACUGACUUUUUGGCUUAAAAAGGUACUUUUUGAAAAACACAAACGAAUUAUUAACAACAAAAACAAAAAAAAAAUAAACUUAGAAACCAAAUUAAAUGAAAAACAAAUACAAAUAUUCAAAAUAUUGUAAAAUGUUAAAGCAAAAACAAAAAACUAAUAACAAAAACAAAACAAACAACUAAUUAAACAGUAAUUGGUUGCCCGCUGCUCGUCUUAAAUCAAAUGAAAACAACAACAACAACAACACCCAGAGCUAUCAGGCAGAGAGAUAGAUAGAGCGA